GAGAUGUAGUUCAACGAUGACGGCCGUGGCGCAAAGCGUUCUGGGGCUCGUGGUUCGCGGGGUCCAUGGGGAACGCGAUGUCGCUGGUUCAGAUCUCGCAGAGCUCAGCGUCCUGCAUGCCUCAGUCCUCGCCUCGCUCCUCCUCGCGGAGGAUUCUGGGUGACGUCGCGGGUCUCGGUCGCGGGGCCCGUUUGCAGAGCCCGCGGCGCCGGGAGGACUUUCUUCUUCUUCAGAAGAGAAAACUGAAGAAGGAGGAAUGGCUAUGGGGCUUUGUAAAGCCAUGUCCCAGGGGUUGGUGACCUUCAGAGAUGUGGCGCUAGACUUUUCCCAAGAAGAGUGGGAAUGGCUGAAGCCAUCUCAGAAGGAUUUAUACAGAGAUGUCAUGUUGGAGAACUACAGGAACUUGGUAUGGCUUGGACUCUCCAUUUCUAAGCCCAACAUGAUCUCCUUACUGGAGCAAGGGAAGGAACCGUGGAUGGUGGAGAGAAAGAUGUCACAGGGUCACUGUGCAGACUGGCAGUCUUGGUGUGAAAUUGAGGAAUUAUCUCCAAAAUGGUUCAUUGAUGAAGAUGAAAUAUCCCAGGAGAUGGUAAUGGAAAGGCUAGCAAGUCAUGGCCUUGAAUGCACCAGUUUCAGAGAAGCCUGGAAAUAUAAGGGUGAAUUUGAGCUACAUCAGGGAAAUGCGGAGAGGCAUUUCAUGCAAGUGACAGCUGUUAAGGAAAUCUCUACUGGGAAAAGAGACAAUGAAUUUAGUAAUUCUGGGAGAAGCAUACCCCUGAAAUCAGUAUUUUUAACACAACAGAAAGUUCCUACCAUACAGCAAGUACAUAAAUUUGAUAUUUAUGAUAAACUCUUCCCCCAAAAUUCAGUCAUAAUUGAAUACAAAAGACUCCAUGCUGAGAAGGAAUCUUUGAUAGGUAAUGAAUGUGAAGAAUUCAACCAGAGUACGUACUUUAGUAAAGAUAUAGGAAUUCCUCCUGGGGAGAAACCUUAUGAAAGUCAUGAUUUUUCAAAGCUCUUAAGUUUCCACUCAUUAUUUACUCAACAUCAGACCACUCAUUUUGGAAAAUUACCCCAUGCAUACGAUGAAUGUGGUGAUGCCUUUAGCUGUUACUCAUGCUUUACUCAACCUCAGAGAAUUCACAGUGGAGAGAAACCAUAUGCAUGCAAUGACUGUGGAAAAGCCUUUAGCCACGACUUCUUUCUCAGUGAACAUCAAAGAACUCAUAUUGGGGAGAAACCUUAUGAAUGUAAGGAAUGUAACAAAGCCUUCAGACAGAGUGCUCACCUUGCUCAACAUCAGAGGAUCCACACUGGAGAGAAACCGUUUGCGUGCAAUGAAUGUGGGAAGGCCUUUAGCCGUUAUGCCUUCCUUGUUGAACAUCAGAGAAUUCACACAGGUGAGAAACCAUAUGAAUGUAAAGAAUGUAAUAAAGCCUUCAGACAGAGUGCUCACCUUAAUCAACAUCAGAGGAUUCACACUGGAGAGAAACCCUAUGAAUGUAAUCAGUGUGGAAAAGCCUUCAGCAGACGCAUAGCCCUUACUCUACAUCAAAGAAUUCACACAGGAGAGAAACCCUUCAAAUGUAGUGAAUGUGGGAAGACCUUUGGCUAUCGCUCACACCUGAAUCAACAUCAGAGAAUUCAUACCGGAGAAAAGCCCUAUGAAUGCAUCAAAUGUGGGAAGUUUUUUAGGACUGACUCACAACUUAAUCGACAUCAUAGAAUUCACACUGGAGAGAGACCAUUUGAAUGCAGUAAAUGUGGGAAAGCCUUCAGUGAUGCUUUAGUUCUAAUUCACCAUAAGAGAAGUCAUGCAGGAGAGAAACCCUAUGAAUGUAACAAAUGUGGAAAGGCCUUCAGUUGUGGCUCAUAUCUUAAUCAACAUCAAAGAAUUCAUACUGGAGAGAAACCCUAUGAAUGUAGUGAAUGUGGGAAGGCUUUUCAUCAGAUCUUGUCCCUAAGACUACACCAGAGAAUUCACGCUGGAGAAAAACCUUAUAAAUGUAACGAAUGUGGGAAUAAUUUUAGCUGUGUCUCAGCCCUUAGACGACAUCAGAGAAUUCAUAAUAGAGAAAUGCUCUGAUUAUAACAAGUAUAGGAAAGAAAAUGUGGUUACCACUCAGUCCUUAUUAAAUAUUAAUGAGUUCUUUUUUGUUAGUAAUUCUUUGAAUGUAGUUCAUAUUUCAGUUCAUGAAUAUCCAUUAUUUGAAGUAGCUCAGUAGUAGACAUCUGUUACUUUUUUUUUUCAGACAGAGUCUCGCUCUGUUGCCCAGGCUGGAGUGCAGUGGUGUAAUCUUGGCUCACUGCAGCCUCUGCCUCCUGGGUUCAAGCAAUCCUCCUGCCUCAGCCUCCUGAGUAGCUGGGAUUACAGGUGCCUGCCACCAUACCUGGCUAAUUUUUGUAUUUUUAGUAGAGACGGGGUUUCACCACAUUGGUCAGGCUGAUCUCGAACUCCUGACUUUAGGUGAUCCACACGCCUCAGACUCCCAAAGUGCUGGGAUUAUGGGCGUGAGCCACCGUGCCUGGCCACAUCUGUUACUUUUUGAUCUGUUCUAUACCUGGCUUACCCCACCCUCAAUGCAUAUGAUUCAGAUGAAACUGUUAAUCAGGGACAGCAGUGGACUGGUCACAGGCUGGCCAAUUAUUUCCCCCAACCUAGUGAUAAGGGAUUGGCAAAUGGCCCUGUCUGGAUCAAUGAAGUCCUUUGCGGGUAUUCCUAUGGGCAGUAAGAGAGGUUUUAUUCUGGAACUGCAAGUUUCAAGGAUUUAAUAAGAUUAAAAACUCACCAGUAGCCUUUUUGCCACUCAUGAGGAAAGCUUUCCCAAAGAGAAAUCUAACAGAGGAAAAUGGAGAUAAGAGACAGAAAUAUGAUGAUACAGUUUGAUCUCCUGGAUCCAGUCAUUCCUGACAGCUACACCAUCACCAUCCUUUUUCAUUUUUUGUGAUCCAAUAAAUUUCCUUUUUUUGCUUAA